GGGACUUACUCUAUCGAGACAGGUAAGGACAGGCACAACCGCGCUCAUGAUCUCUCAUGAUCCCCUCAUCUGAUCAAGUUAAUACUAUGAGAUUUCAAUACCCACAUUAGGCCAAGGUGUUCUUUCAUAUAUAAAUGUCAGAUUCAUACCUUCAUGUAAUCUCUCCGCCUUGCCAUGUCCACCAACGUUGUCCACCUUCGUGAUGUUCAAGCCCGCUCAAAGUUUUUCACCGUUUGGGAAAGGCAUAGGCACACAACGGUACACUGGCUCGUUGAAUGUUUUGCUGAAUUCUUGGGGGUGUUUUUCUACGUAUACGCUGGUGUUGGAUCACAAGUUCCCUUCAUCGUCGGCCCCAUAUUGAGUAUCGAUGGGCUUAGCUCUGUGCUCCAAAUUGGCCUGGCGUACGCAUGCGGAAUAAUCUUUGCUAUCAGCAUUUGCGGUGCUACAUCUGGAGGUCAUUUCAAUCCUGCAGUCACUUUGACCCUGGUAUUAUUCAAAGGUUUCCCCCCCUUCAAAGCUGUCAGAUACAUAAUUGCCCAAAUCCUUGGUGGAUACAUCGCCUGCCUGCUCAUAUAUGUCCAAUGGCACGAUCUUAUCAAAGAGAGCGAGCUUGUACUAGCUGCUGCGGGCACCCUCGACGCUACUUUAUUCACUCCUCAAGGUCCAGCGGGCGCCUUCGGCCUCUAUGUUAUUCCAGGGCUGAAUCUGGGUGGGGUAUUCCUGAACGAGUUCGUUACCGAUAUCUUUCUAGCACUUGUGAUUUGGGGAAGCAUCGACCCGACCAACGUGUUGAUCCCUCCCCAACUAGCGCCUUUUGUGAUUGCGCUCGCUUAUGCGGCGGCAAUCUGGGGGUUUGCAACACCAGCGUUGGCGGCCAAUCCUGCUCGCGAUCUCGGAGGAAGGCUCGCAGCUAUGACCAUCUGGGGAACAAAAGCUGCUGGAGGUCGUUACGCCGCAAUCGCUGCUUUAACUAGUAUUCCCGCGACAAUGCUCGGAGUAUUCAUACAUGAAUUAUUCCUUACUGACUACGCAAGGGUGAUUCCCUCCUCUCAACGUGAAUAUAUGGAGGUACACCACAAUCACGCCCAUGCUCCCGGUAAAGCCGCAUCAGACGUGUCUUCAAACGAAAAGGCCGACCUUGAGCAUAAUGCAUGAUAUAAGAUACUGAAUCCAAUUUUGAUUUUCUGAGGGCGAGGGGGGGUUACGAGG